AUGUGCGGCUUCUCUCGUCGCUUCGACGCCUCUUAUCGGGAUGCAUUCAACAAGAUGAGCGCCGGCUCGAUUGGCUCGCCCUCAGUUAUGCGUAGUCAGACAUGUGACAAGCUGGACCCCAGUGGGUUCUUUGUCGCCUAUGCCCAGUUUUCCGGUGGCAUCUUCGUUGACUGCUCGAUCCAUGAUAUCGACCUUGCCCUUUGGUUUUUCGGUCAAGACAGCAAAGUCAAGUCUGUAUCCGCCGUCGGGAUCACGGCCGUCGAGCCGGACCUGCGCAAGCACAACGACCGCGACAAUGCCGUCGGCUUAGUCGAGUUCCACAACGGCAAGAUCGCCUACUUCUACGCUUCUCGCAUGAUGGCCGCCGGUCAAGAAGAUACUACCGAAAUUAUCGGCACCCAGGGCAAGCUGGCCGUCAACACACAGCCAGCUCUAAACCUUGUCAGCAUCUACGACAGCACUGGUAUCCGCCGGGAGAUCCCUCAGCACUACUACGACCGCUUUGAAUAUGCCUUCGUGACCGAGGCCAAUGAAUUCACCGCUUGCUGUCUCGAGAAUACCCCUGUCCCACUCAGACUCGACGGUGCUGUUCAGGCCGUCCGCAUUGGAGCUGCGCUCCAGGAGUCGCUUAUCACCGGCGAGAAGAUCUUCUUCGAUGAAGAGGGCAACCGGGUGGACAAGUCUCGGCUAUAG